AUGGAGCUGUUCUGCUCUGGGUGUUGCAAAUGGUUCCACGGUCGUUGUUUGAAGGAUUUGAAAGACUUCUAUGGUCUAAGCUUCAUGGUAUGCUAUGUGUUUCAUUGUAAAGAUUGCAGUCCAACUUCUGUAGAGACAUGGGUAGCUAAGCAAGCAAGUAAGUCCAUAUUUCUGGUGCACGGAGCACGUAUAUAA